UCGCUAGCUAGCUAACGUUAUAUUCCAAAAAUAUUCAAUUGUCUGCGUUGGAAGAGGUAGACAGACGAGCUGUGUGGGAGGAGGCCAUAACCAGGACGAGAGCGAAGUCGAAGAGGCCGCUUGACACCCGAGGGGAGGGCAUCGAAACGCCAGCCGCAGCCCGGCCUGAGACACGGGUAGCAGGAUAGGGAAGCAGAGCGGAGAGGCCGCCGCCACAGCGGGGCCGGCGGACAAGAUGGCGGACAGCCCUGAGAAGAGUGUCUCAGCGCAGGAGUGGAAGGAGCAGGGCAACCGCCUCUUCCUCAGCCGCAAGUACCAGGAGUCGGCCGCCUGCUACAGCAAAGCCAUCAAGCGAAACCCCUCAGUGUCUGUGUACUACACCAACCGGGCACUGUGCCACGUGAAGCUGCAGCAACAUGACAAGGCCCUGGCCGACUGCAAGCAGGCGCUGGAGCUGGACCCCCAGUCAGUCAAGGCCCUCUUCUUCCUGGGUCAGUGUCACCUGGAGAUGGAGAACUACGACGAAGCCAUCGGCAACCUGCAGAGAGCAUAUAACCUGGCGAAAGAGCAACGGCUGAACUUUGGUGACGACAUUCCCAGUGCCCUCCGGAUAGCCAAGAAGAAGAGCUGGAACAGCAUCGAGGAGAAGCGCAUUAACCAGGAGAACGAGCUGCACGCAUAUCUCACCAAACUCAUCCUGGCAGAGAAGGAGAGGGAACUGGAUGACAGCAGAGAGGAACAAGACGCCAAGUCGGAGGAAUGCAGAAGCCGACACGACCUCACUAAGUUCCCCUCCAAACACGACAAGCACCUGUCAGACAUGGAGGAGCUCUUCUCUCAGCUGGAUGAGAAGAGGAAGAAGAGGGAGAUCCCAGACUACCUGUGUGGAAAGAUCAGCUUUGAGUUGAUGAGGGAGCCCUGCAUUACACCCAGUGGGAUCACUUACGACCGCAAAGACAUCGAGGAGCACCUACAGCGAGUGGGCCAUUUUGACCCGGUGACACGCAGCCCUCUGACUCAAGACCAGCUGAUCCCUAAUCUGGCCAUGAAAGAGGUCAUCGAUGCUUUCAUCAUGGAGAAUGGAUGGGUGGAGGACUACUGAAGGAGGGAGGGAGAGAGAGAGGGGGAGUUGGAAUCAUUCCAAAAGAAGAACCAGACAUAAAAAGACGACAACAAACCAAACAAGUAUGAUCUGCACUUUAAAGCUGAGGCCACACCACAGACUUACAUACCUUCACUAGGACUGAGACUACACCACAGAUUUACAUACCUUCACUAGGACUGAGACUACACCACAGACUUACAUACCUUCACUAGGACUGAGACUACACCACAGACUUACAUACAUUCACUAGGACUGAGACUACACCACAGACUUACAUACCUUCACUAGGACUGAGACUACACCACAGACUUACAUACCUUCACUAGGACUGAGACUACACCACAGACUUGCAUACCUUCACUAGGACUGAGACUACACCACAGACUUACAUACCUUCACUAGGACUGAGACUACACCACAGACUUACAUACCUUCACUAGGACUGAGACUACACCACAGACUUACAUACCUUCACUAGGACUGAGACUACACCACAGACUUACAUACCUUCACUAGGACUGAGACUACACCACAGACUUACAUACCUUCACUAGGACUGAGACUACACCACAGACUUACAUACCUUCACUAGGACUGAGACUACACCACAGACUUACAUACCUUCACUAGGACUGAGACUACACCACAGACUGAUACUAGGACUGAGACUACACCACAGACUUACAUACCUUCACUAGGACUGAGACUACACCACAGACUUACAUACCUUCACUAGGACUGAGACUACACCACAGACUUACAUACCUUCACUAGGACUGAGACUACA